AUGGCGGAGGAUGAAGAGACUGAGUCUGCACUGAUUCCAAGUCUCUACAAACCACCCGCUUUGCUACCGAUCGCGCAACUCAAAGAUCAACUCCUCUACACAAUAGACACAUACCCCGUGACCAUUGUUGUUGGUGAAACAGGAAGUGGAAAGACAACACAAAUACCGAAAUUUCUGCUAGAAGCCGGCUGGUGCAAUGGCGGCAAGCAAAUAGCCAUCACCCAGCCCCGACGGAUAGCGUGUACUAGCGUAGCAGCAAGAGUCGCAGAAGAGCUGGGUACGCCACUUGGUCAGCAAGUCGGGUACAGUAUCAGAUUCGAAGAUGUCACGUCCGCGGCUACGCAGGUGAAGUUUGUCACAGAUGGCCUGUUACUGCGCGAGAUGCUCGUCGAUCCGCUCCUUUCACGCUAUUCAGUCAUUAUGGUCGACGAAGCACAUGAAAGAAGUUUGUCUUCGGACAUACUAUUGAGCCUACUGAAGAAGGUGCUGAGGAAGCGAGAAGACCUGCGCGUCGUUGUGAGCAGCGCUACGCUGGAAGCGGAACGUUUUCUUGACUUCUUCAACCCCGACGAUGGCGAGAAGGUUCAUGGCAAAAGCAAGGAAGAAUUUGGAUACAUCAUUGGUAUCGAAGGGCGCACAUAUCCGGUUGAGAUCCAGUACCUACAGGAACCAACGAACGACUACGUGGAAGCAGCAAUCGACACGGUCAUGAAGAUCCACGAGCACGAGAGCGAAGGCGACAUUCUCGUGUUCUUAACAGGACGUGAAGAAAUAGACGAUGCAAUCGACAAGCUGGGUGACCGUAUUGCCGACAUGUCUUCAUCCAAGCAAAGGCUCAUGCCCUUGCCCCUCUACGCUGGCUUGCCAACAGAAGACCAAAAUCUCAUCUUCACAAAACCGCCACAAGACACGCGACGCGUCGUUUUUAGUACCAACAUCUCAGAGGCAUCUUUGACUAUUGACGGCAUCGUCUUGGUGGUGGACUCAGGUUAUGUCAAACUUCGCGCCUACAACGCCAAUUUAGGCAUCGAAAACCUCGCUGUCGUGCCCGUGUCGAAAGCUAGUGCCACACAGAGAGCGGGUCGUGCUGGCCGGACGAGGCCGGGCAAAUGCUUCAGACUGUAUCCUGAAAGCGUUUACGAAAGCUUGGAGGAAGCCACGUUCCCAGAACUCGCCCGCUCGAAUCUCGCACCUGUGAUCCUGCAGCUUCUCAACUUGGGAAUCACAAAUGUGGUGCGGUUCGAUUACCUCUCGCCGCCGCCAUCAGCACUAGUAACGCGCGCUCUGGAUUUACUCUACUCUCUCGGCGCGUUGGACGCUCAUGCUCGUCUCACGAAGCCCCUCGGCACGCGUAUGGCGGAGCUUCCGCUCGAACCGAUGCUAGCUCGCGCAUUAUUGAAGGCCGCUGAACCGGAGUUUGGCUGCUUGAGCGAAAUGCUCACAAUAGCCGCAAUGAUGACUCUGCAAGGCAAUGCUUUCGUUUCUCAUGACGGUGGAAAGAAGCAGCUUGAUGCGGCGAGGAGGAAAUUCGCAGUAGCAGAGGGCGACCACCUUACACUGUACAAUGUAUACGAAGCUUUCGUGAAAGCUGGAAUGGGUAACACAGCAUGGUGCCACUCCAACAGUCUGAACCACAAGUCGCUCGUCAAGGCAGUCAGCGUCCGGAAACAACUUGCUGCUUACUUGGAUCGUUUCGGUGUCAAAGAGAAUGUCCUCGCGUCAUCGGGCGUGCUGAGGGUCGGCGGUACACCACUCGCCGAGCGCGUCCGUCGCUGUCUAACGACUGGUUUUUUCGCGCAUGCUGCGAGGAUGAAAGCAGAUGGGACUUUCACCACUGUCGAUGGAAAGACGACGUUAUGGCCUCAUCCGACGUCUGUGUUCUUCACGCGGAAGGCGGAUUGGGUCAUAUACACCGAGAUUCAGUCUACAAGAGACAAGAUCUACAUUAGGGAUAUGAGUACAGUGGAGAUGGACUGGUUGACGGAGUAUGCACCGGGGUUCUACAAGAUCAAGAAUGGCGGUCGAUGA